AUGCCGAAAGAACACUUGAGCAAUAGUGAUUUUCUUCAGCGCCUCUCCGAGCUCUUCGACCAAGGGCGGAUAAAGGACCAUGGCUCAGUGUACUUGACCCAGAAGCGCUUGGUCCAUGGCGAAGACAUCGACGCAGCCGUCCCGGAGGCCACAACAGACGAGCCGUUCCCUGAUCUGAAUCCUUCAAAACCAAUACCCAUCCUCAUUCGUGCUACGAAUGGGAAACAUAAAGACAAGAAGAUCAAGUUAUCAACGAUUGUGGAACCGGAUGCAUUAGAGGCUUUCUUCGUCAAGUAUGCGGAGGUCUGCAAGCUUGGGAUGUCGGGGCUGAAGAAGAGAGAUCGGAGUAAGGCAAAGGAGAGACUGAAGGCGAAAAAG